UCAUAAAGCGAAGGCGUCAUGACGUCACGCUGGAUGACCGUCAGAGUGGGGAAACAUGGCGGCGCACAGUUUGUCUCCGCCGCUCAGCAGGCUGCUGUUUACUGUAAAGUAUGUCUCACUCCACUCCAGAUGCAGUGCUGUGCAUAGCAAGGCUCACUAUUCUACCGUUUACAAUCCCAAUGAAAAGACUUUUGACAAGAUCCUCAUUGCCAAUAGAGGAGAAAUUGCUUGCAGGGUGAUUAAGACGUGUAAGAAGAUGGGCAUCCAGACUGUAGCUGUUCAUAGUGAUGUGGACUCCAGUGCUGUUCAUGUAAAGAUAGCUGAUGAGGCAAUCUGUGUUGGUCCUGCCCCAACCAAUAAGAGCUACCUGAACAUGGACGCCAUCAUGGAUGCCAUUAGAGUGACCGGAGCACAAGCUGUCCAUCCUGGUUAUGGGUUUCUCUGAAAUAAAGAGUUUGCAAAGCGACUGGCAGCAGAGGGUGUCACGUUUAUUGGCCCAGACACACAUGCAAUCCAGGCGAUGGGAGAUAAAAUUGAGAGCAAGCUGAUUGCUAAGGCUGCAAAGGUCAACACCAUCCCAGGAUUUGAUGGAGUCGUCAAGACUGCAGAGGAUGCUGUGAAGAUUGCACAGGAAAUUGGCUACCCAGUGAUGAUUAAAGCAUCGGCCGGAGGAGGAGGGAAAGGAAUGAGGAUUGCGUGGAAUGAUGAUGAGACAAGGGAAGGUUUCCGGUUCUCGUCCCAGGAGGCAGCAUCCAGCUUUGGAGAUGACAGGCUGCUCAUUGAGAAGUACAUAGACAACCCCAGACAUAUAGAGAUUCAGGUGUUGGCUGAUAAACAUGGUAAUGCUCUGUGGCUUAAUGAGAGGGAGUGCUCCAUCCAGAGGAGGAACCAGAAGGUGGUGGAAGAGGCUCCCAGUACUUUCCUGGACCCGGUCACACGACGGGCAAUGGGUGAGCAGGCGGUGCAGCUGGCCAAAGCUGUGCAGUACUCCUCUGCUGGCACCGUGGAGUUCCUGGUGGAUUCUACGAAGAACUUCUAUUUCCUGGAGAUGAACACGCGACUGCAGGUGGAGCAUCCUAUUACAGAAUGCAUUACUGGCCUGGACCUGGUGGAGCAGAUGAUCAGGGUUGCAAAGGGCUAUCAGCUGCAGCACAAACAGGAAGAUAUCCCAAUAAAUGGCUGGGCGAUUGAAAGUCGUGUCUAUGCCGAGGAUCCUUACAAGUCUUUUGGUCUUCCCUCCAUUGGACGGCUGUCUCAAUACCAAGAACCACUGAACCUCAGCAAUGUCCGUGUAGACAGUGGCAUCCAGGAGGGAAGUGACAUCAGCAUCUACUAUGAUCCCAUGAUCUCUAAGUUGGUUACCUAUGGGGCAACACGAAAAGAAGCCCUUGCCAAAAUGGAGGACGCUCUAGAUAACUAUGUGAUUAGAGGUGUUACCCACAACAUUCCCCUUCUACGGGAAAUCAUCACCCAUCCUCGCUUUAUCUCCGGCGACAUCAGCACCAACUUCUUGCCUGAGGUUUACCCUGAUGGCUUCAAGGGUCAUCAGCUGGAGGUGGACGCACGCAGGGAGCUGUUGGCCUCUGCAGCGGCGCUUUACAUCGCCGCUCAGCUCCGUUCACAGAAGGUCCUGGGCGACCAGAGAGUCCCCACCAUUCCUGUGAAAUGUACCCACUGGGGGCUGUGUGUGGAGCUGGGGGAGGGAUGCCAUGCUAUGGAGAUUACCAAAUCAGGAGAUGUUUAUAAUGUGGAGGUGGAUGGAGGAAAGGUAGAAGUCAUUGGAGCAUUUAACCUGGCCUCUCCUCUGUUGCCACUCACCAUUAACGGCUCAGACAGGAUGCUACAGUGUCUGUCCAGAGAUGCUUCAGGAAUGAUUGUCCUGCAGUACCUGGGCACUGUGUUUAAGCUACGUGUUCUGUCCAAAUUGGCUUCAGAGCUGAACUCCUACAUGCCAGAAAAAGUCCCAGAAGACACCAGCAGCAUCCUACGUUCACCGAUGCCUGGCACAGUUGUGGCUGUGUCCAUUAAGCCUGGAGAUACGGUCGCUGAGGGUCAGGAGAUUUGUGUGAUUGAAGCCAUGAAGAUGCAGAACAGUCUGACAGCUGCCAGGCAGGCAAAGGUUAAGAGUGUCCACUGUAAGCCAGGGGAGACAGUGGGAGAAGGUGACCUGCUUGUAGAGCUCCAGUAAAACACUACCUGUGAUCAGCCUGAUGUCCACACAGGAGGAUCCAUAUUAACAAACACUUGGUUUCUCUUGCCAGUGGUCAGCCUCUGCGGUGGUCCACUACUAGUGUGCAGUCUUCUGCAGAUGUCAGACUCCUUCAUGUUUCUUGGACUCCUAUGGUUAUUCGGUUUUGUCACUUUCUAGACCUGAUUGUUAGUUUUUAUUAAAGGGUCAGUUCAUCCACAUUCCCAGUAAAGGUAUUUUGUCAUUUCACGCACAUUUUGAAGAGUGAUACGAAAAUCCUGCCAAUCCAGUAUAAUGGAAGGACAUGCCUUGAGUUGAUCAAUAUUAUAUUUUUUAUCAAUUGUCCUACUAAAAUUUUUGAUGUGGUACAAAAAAAAAAUCAUCUCUCCUUUAGUGUGUUGGAGUCAGAAAGAUCAUGGGUUUAGAGAGAUCUCUUGUGGUGGAUAUUUCAAAAAUAGUUUUUUCUCCAUCAGAAAAGCAACAAAACAAAGUUGGUAUUUUUAAAGUAAGAGGGAAAAAAUGUUGAAAUUUGGAUGAAUGAACUGACUUUAAAUGAGUAUACAUAAAACCAAUAAAGUGCUCCUUUUUCAUA